AUGGGCAGCGCUUGGAACAGCAGCGACGGCGCGGAGGGCGCGCUGCUGCCGUGCGACGAGCGCCUCUGCUCGCCUUUCCCCUUGGGGGCGCUGGUGCCGGUGACUGCCGUGUGCCUGGGCCUGUUCGCCGUCGGGGUGAGCGGCAACGUGGUGACGGUGCUGCUGAUCGGGCGCUACCGGGACAUGCGGACCACCACCAACCUGUACCUGGGCAGCAUGGCCGUGUCCGACCUGCUCAUCCUGCUCGGGCUCCCGUUCGACCUGUACCGCCUCUGGCGCUCGCGGCCCUGGGUGUUCGGGCAGCUGCUCUGCCGCCUCUCGCUCUACCUGGGCGAGGGCUGCACGUACGCCACGCUGCUGCACAUGACGGCGCUCAGCGUCGAGCGCUACCUCGCCAUCUGCCGCCCGCUCCGUGCCCGCGUCCUGGUCACCCGGCGCCGCGUCUGCGCCCUCAUUGCCGCGCUCUGGGCGGUGGCGCUGCUCUCCGCCGGCCCCUUCUUUUUCCUGGUGGGCGUCGAGCAGGACCCCGACCUCUCCGCGGUUCCAGACAUCAACGGCAGCGCCCCGCUCACGCCCUUGCCCCUCACCUCGCCGCCACCGUCGCUCCCGGGGUCCUCGCGGGCGCCAUCGCUGUCCCCGCCGUCGGGGCCCGAGGCUGCGGCGGCCGCGGCGCUGUUCAGCCGAGAGUGCCGGCCCAGUCCUGCUCAGCUGGACGCGCUGCGCGUGAUGUUGUGGGUCACCACCGCCUACUUCUUCCUGCCCUUUCUGUGCCUCAGUGUCCUCUACGGGCUCAUCGGACGGGAGCUAUGGAGGAGCCGAGAGCCGCUACGAGGCCUGGCCGCCUCCGCGCGCGAGAAGGCCCACCGGCAGACGGUCCGCGUCCUACUGGUGGUGGUUCUGGCAUUUAUAGUUUGCUGGUUGCCUUUCCACGUUGGCAGGAUCAUUUACAUAAAUACGGAGGAUUCUCAGAUGAUGAACUUCUCUCAGUACUUUAACAUUGUUGCUUUGCAACUUUUCUAUCUGAGUGCAUCCAUUAACCCGAUCCUCUACAACCUCAUUUCAAAGAAGUACAGAGCAGCGGCCUGGAAACUGCUGCUGGCUACACAAUCCAGACAGAGAAGUUUCUGCCGAAGCAGGAACACGGAGGGAGGCCGGGGAGGAGACACCGCUGGCUACACGGAGACCAGCGCCAACGUCCAGACGUCGUCAGCCAGCACUGCCAAGCAAGUCACCUUGUCCCACAAUGCUGGGACUUCGGGGAAGACCGGUCUGUAG